GACUUAACCGGGAAAGGGUGACGUCAUGUGGGAUGGGUGGGGUCCAACUAGUGGAACUUCAGAAAAAGCUUUACAAGGAAAGGCGGAGGAGAUGGAGGGGGACAAACUUAUGGUCCCCCCCAGUGGGGACCAAAGCUCUCAGCGAAGUAGCGUCUCUUCCACCGGUCCUCGUGCCCAGGACGUCCUGGUUUAUCUUGUGGAUGACACUGUGGUGCGUCUAACGAUGGACAACCUACCCUCCGUCACGGCUCACGAGGUGCAUCGGAUGGUGUUGGAUGUGCUGAAGCUGCCCGAAUAUGCCCUCGAGAUCUUUUCCCUGUGGCUCAUCUCUCCCUUCCUUGAGGUUCAGCUGAAGCCCAAACACCAACCGUACAAGGUCUGCCGGCAGUGGCAAGAGCUGCUCUUCCGUUUCACCGGCUGCUCUGUGGAUGAGAUCAUGGAAGACGAACCGUCACUUCAAUUCCGCAGAAAUAUCUUUUUUUUGAGACGGAAGGAGCUGCAGAUUCAAGAUGAAGACGUUCUGCGGCUCUUGUACGAAGAGGCCAAGUACAACGUUCUGGAGGGAAGGUAUCCGUGUGACCCGGCCGAUUGUGACGCAUUGGGAGGCCUGGUUUGCCGAAUCAACUUAGGCCCCUACAACCCGGAGGAGCACACGGCUUCCUUCCUGAAAGAGAAGCUGGAUUGCUUCCUGCCCUCCCACCUUUGCCACAGAGGCCACAAGCUCUUUGCCAGCCUUCGGAAACGGGGCGGCUCUCGCCUGCCUGUCAGCGAGCAGGGUCUCCUGCGUGCCUUCCGUGAGGUCCCGGAGGCAGGGGCUUGCGAAGAACACGCCACUCUGCUCAGGUUGUACCACGCCUACCUGCAGAAGUCCCACGAGCUUCCGUAUUAUGGCUGCGCCUUCUUCUUUGGGGAAAUAGACAAGCCGGUCCAGGGGUUACUACAUCGGGCCGGACGUAAAGCUGUGACGGUGGCCAUUAGCCUGGAGGGCGUCUAUAUCAUAGACAGCAAAGAGAAGUAUGUUCUGCUGGGCCUGCGCUUCCAGGAGUUAUCGUGGGAUCACACGUUUCCAAGCGAGGAGGAACAUAUCCUGUGGUUGGAAUUUGAUGGGGAAACUGAAGGCCGGCAAGUGAACAAGUUGCUCAAGAUUUACUCUAAGCAAGCUGAAUUGAUGAGUAGCCUAAUCGAAUAUUGUAUUGAGCUGAACACACAUGCCAGGGGGCUGGAUUCAGAGCCCACCACGGCCGCAGUGCCCACGUCUGAUCAGCAGCCACCCAAAAUUCAGCGUCAGAGCAACGUGCUCUGUAGCCGGAUCCAGCGUUUAGCCACCAUAGACUACGUUGAGGAAGGGAAAGAGAUCAAGAGGGUGAAACCUCGACGUACGACAUCCUUCUUCGGCCGCCAGCUGUCGAAUGCCCCUACCUCUUACUCAGCCGUACGGGCGGCAGAGAACUUGGAACAGGGCUGAUCCCAAUUUUGUUCCUGGGAUAGAAAGAGGGACCAGACCACUUUGGGGCAAGGUGACUCAAAGGCCAGCAUUAUCCUUGACUCUGCCUUCAGGGGUUACUUGCUGUCUACCUCUUAUCUCCAAUUCCCCGUUGUAUAUUUCCUUGCAGUGGCAGGUUUCAUUCCUGGGCUCAGCCUUACAGGGGUUGGAGGCUGUCAGAAUGUCAGCUGUCAGAGCUGCCGUUAUCCCUGCUUACAUAAUGCCAUAAUUACGGUUUUUUUCCCCAAGACUCAUUUGGCCACGAGUUGUCAUCCUCAAUUGCUGAUUUCUUCCUGUUUCUGUAUGAUUUUUCAGAGGGGGGUGAAAAAAGAAAUUAUUUCACAAUCCUCAUCUUGUCUGAAUCCCAGUGUUUGUAGCUCAAACCUUUGGAACGAGGCUCAGGUUGAGGGAAGGAAGGCGCCCAAGAUGUUCUGGAAGGCAGAAUGAUAAAAUUACACCCUUUUCUUUUUGCCAUGUACUGUAUAUUUGAGGAGCGGGGAGGGUCUUUUCGUUCCUCUUGAAAUUUCUGUGCCUUUUGGGGGGGUUCUUGCUCCUCUUUUGUCCAAGGCCAAGAGAAAUGCAUCUGGCUGAUCGCUGGUUUCUAUCCCCUCUGAAUUUGUUUUUUUUGUGCUUUUGUUUUUUCCUGUUUAAAACAAACUGACUUCCAUUUUCAGUCUCUGUUUGUCCACCUGUUUGACUUUUACCUAGGGGGUUGUUGCAAUAAAAACAAGAAUUAAAAAAAACA